AUGGCAGCAGCUAAUCUACCGCUCUCACGCAGCAUGCGUGUCCCGCUUGCCAACCGUCAAAACGCCAAUGAGUCCAAUCGAUUCCCAGAUGAAUGGGGCCCCUCUUCCGUACCUCCCACUAUCCAAUCCAACAUCCCGUGGGACGAGCAAGUUGUUCCCGCCUUGCGUAAGAAGCUUGAAGCCGAAUCCAAAGAUCUUGGCAAGCGCAUCAGCCGUAUCGAGGAGAGCAACAAUGGCUGGGCACGCUCUCGCGAGUCUAUCGAUCUACGCGAUCCUCGCGCCACCACCCAUGUACGUGAUGUAACGGACCGCAGAAUGUCCCGUGAAGUCGUCCAGCAUCAUCGUGAGUCAUCCAUAGAACAGUAUCACAACCGAUUUGCAUCAAUUCGAACUCCUUCCAGGCAACGCUCGGGAGACGCCGUCGACACCGGCUUUCCUUUGGACUUGGCUGCAUCGCACGAUAGCAAUGCCGAAACGGGGUCCUUGUUGUCACACGAUGCAACGGAAAGGGCGAGACAAAAGGCGAGACAAAUCGCUGCGUCACGACAAAUCAAGGUCAACCAGCAACAAAAUGGUGGACCGAGAAACUCGAACGCUGCUUCCACCAACGCAUACGGUUACGCACCAGGCCAGACUCUGGGAAGCAGCGUUGAUGCUAUUCCGGAGGGCAAGGCUGUUGCAAACAAUGUAGGGCAAAGUUUCUCGGCGUUUGAAAGGAAGAGAAUGCGCACACAGUCGACUCCCAUGCGGCCUAGUAUAGACGAGAUUGAUUCAGAUCAGGCUACGGCCUCUAGACGUACUCAAAAUUUUUCCUCUCCUGAUGCACAAGAGGCCAACCCGUCAAUCAAACACGGUACGAAACAGCCGAAUGGACAUCAGCGAACUACUUCGUUGUCGCGACGCAAAGCAGCUAUCGAUCCGAAACUCAUGGAAGAGUUUGGUCCCCUGGGUGCCACGCCCUCACCCACAGCGACCCUUCUCCGUGCACAUCAAGAACUCGAUUUUGCAUCGCCUGCGACGCCAUCUCCCUCCAACCAUCGCACUCGAAACGUUCAGCCGGACGCUUUCCGUUCACUUUGCAGACCAGAUCAGCUUCGCUAUCGCGAAUCCUCGGCUCCGCCUGCCUUCGGCCAAGACGAUGACGGCUCAGUGAAUGAAUUUGGUGCCUCUCCCGCCAGUAAAAGCGUCAACAGCUGGGAAGACCAAAUCAUCCCGACAGUGGCGAGGAAGCUGCAGCAAGAACAAUUCCUCCGAGCCGGAAAAGAGGGAAGGCUUAGUCGAUACGAGGGCUUGAUUGAUACGUGGGACAAGAACGGGCUACCGCUCAGCAGAAGUGAUGUCAUUGCAAUGCAGAAAGCACAAAGGUUGGAGCAGGAGCAAGAGCUCGAGGGAAGGAAGCAGCAGCAACAACAACAACAACAACAACAACAGCAACAACAGGAAGGCGAGACUGACUAUGAUGAGCAGAUGCUGACACCAGGACCAGCACCUGCUUUGCAUCACAGGAGCAGCAAUCUCAGUCCUGUCGAGGCGGGUUUCAGCGAAAGAUCCGGCUCGAGAGCUAGCAGUCGACGCAGUCGACGCAGUCAGCGCUCUGCGCUCUCACACCAGCAAGAGCAAGCAGAGCAGCCGCACCAUCAGGACAAACAGCAGCCGCAAGUGCAGAACAUCCCGAUGCAGACAUUUGAACCGCACACUGUGCUGCAGCCUCCACCGCAAACUUAUCCAACGUCGGCAUCGACGAUGAAAGCAUCACCUCCUCAAACCAACGAUGUUGUAUAUGGCGACAAAGUGGAAAAGGGCGGCUGCUGUUGCGUGGUCAUGUAG